GUCGUGCAAUUCUCCCAGAAAAGUUUAUGUUUUCGAAUCCUCCUGUUACUUGAUCUCUGCUCUGUUGUAUAUCAUAAACCAGGCCAUGGCCUCUCUCCGCCACCGCGUGCCUGGCGGUGCCAAACCCACCGACAAGAGAGAAGAUAGCCCCGACAAAGCCGAAGUACGCCUGGCUCCCGAUACCAAAAUAGUAACGACCAAACAACGAGGGAACAAGCGCCGCAAUGGAUUGAUCUUCUUCUUGGGCGGCUUGGUCGGGCUGCUGGCAGCGGGGUUUUUGGCGCAGAGGAAUGAUUUGCUGGACCUUCCGGAGUUGGGGGAUAUAUCUAUGGACAAUUUGAUCGAUGUCUUGCCCGCGGGCUUCGUAAGUGAUGCAAGGGAUUUGAUGAAAGGGGAGAGAGAUGCGGUCAGUUAUGAUUCGUUCCAGGUGGGGUUGAAUCUCUCAGCGCAAGGUAUAACUGCGAAACACCCGGUCGUUAUGGUUCCGGGAGUCAUAUCCACAGGUCUGGAAUCUUGGGGCACUACGAAUAGCUCCCGGCAGUAUUUUAGGAAGAGAUUAUGGGGCUCUUGGAGUAUGAUGAGGGCGUUGGUGUUAGACCAGGAGGGCUGGAAGAAACACAUUAUGCUGGAUAAAUAUACCGGGCUUGAUCCGCCCGGCAUCAAGUUAAGAGCUGCACAGGGCUUUGAUGCUGCGGAUUUCUUCAUAACAGGCUAUUGGAUAUGGAACAAGAUUUUGGAAAACCUGGCAACAAUCGGUUAUGACCCUACGAAUAGCUUCACAGCUGCUUAUGAUUGGCGAUUGUCGUAUGCGAACCUCGAAGUACGGGAUCAGUAUUUUACUCGUUUGAUGUCGUACAUUGAGACGGCCUACAAGACAUCAAACAAGAAGGCGGUAAUUGUUUCACAUAGCAUGGGCGCCCAAGUCAUGUUCUACUUCUUCCACUGGGUUGCAGCUCCCAAUGGAGGUGGAGGUGGAGAUGAUUGGGUGGAGAAAUAUGUCGAUUCCUGGAUUAAUAUCAGUGGCUGCAUGCUGGGAGCCGUGAAGGGUCUCCCCGCAGUAUUGUCGGGAGAAAUGAAGGACACUGCUCAACUGAACGAAUUCGCUGUUUAUGGGCUUGAGAAAUUCCUAAGCCGCGAAGAGCGGGUUGAGAUAUUCAGAGCCAUGCCGGGAAUUAGCUCCAUGCUUCCAAUUGGCGGAGAUGCUGUCUGGGGCAACGCAACAUGGGCUCCUGAUGACUUACCGGGCCAAAAAGUGAGCUACGGACAGCUCUUGAAUUUCAAGCACUACAAUGGCUCGUCUGAGUAUAAGAAUCUCACCAUGGAAGAAAGUCUUUCUUACCUCUACAAUACCUCUGAGCAGUGGUAUGUAGAUCAACUGAAAGGCAGCUAUUCCCACGGCGUAGCACAUACGACGGCUGAAGUAGAGGCCAAUGAGAAGGAUCCAAGGAAAUGGAUCAAUCCCCUUGAGACUCGACUGCCCCUUGCACCUAGCUUGAAGAUCUACUGCUUUUACGGGGUCGGCAAACCCACCGAACGUUCCUAUUACUACCACCACCCAGAAAACCCAUUUUCAUCUUUAAACAUCACUAUUGACACCGGCCUCACACAAGACAACAUCGAUCACGGGGUAAUCCUGGGCGAGGGCGACGGCACCGUCAACCUGCUAUCCGCAGGAUAUAUGUGUAACCGUGGAUGGAACAUGCACCGGUACAACCCCGCCGGCGUGAAAAUCAAGGUCUACGAGAUGCCGCACGAGCCGGACCGCUUCAGCCCAAGAGGGGGGCCCAACACGGGUGAUCACGUGGAUAUCCUAGGCCGGUCAAGCCUCAACGACAUGAUUCUGAGGGUAGCAGCGGGCCACGGCGACGAAAUCGAGCACAAUGUCGUUAGCAAUAUUGAGACAUAUGCGGACCGGGUGAAGAUCACGGAGGAGCCGGAAUACUUGUAGGGAAUCGUUUGUAGGGGAAGGCCCAACUACGGCGUUCGGAUUGGGAACUUGGUUAUCAAUAGACUUGGUUGGGUAUAUGCCAUAGAGGCUGUGUUCGCACGGAGGUUGGUUUCAGGAGGAGGAUUGUUCGGCAUAGGUAGAUGACAGGAGCGCUCACAUGUACAGGAAUAAUGUAAAGGCAAUGAGAUCUCUUUUAUGCCUUUUAUACUCCAUUUCUACGAUCUUGUUGAACGCUGGAACGACUUUUGCUUGAUAGAUACCCAAUCCCGAAGCCCAAAAACCGUGUACGAAAUCAUACGUAACCCCCCAAAUUAUUAUCCAUCCCGGAAGUGCGACAAACGUAACGGGUAUCAUGCCAUCUAUUCCAUUUCCGCCCUAUAAAGAAUUCCGAAAUAGGGCUGUCCUUCAAGCCGAGUUUCAUACCCCAGCU